AUGUAUUGGAGGAGAGCCACAGCAGACAUAUUGCCUGAAUGCCUCGUUCAAAAAAUACUCUCUUGCCUUAGUUUUCAAGAAGCAGCCCAGAUGAGCAUUCUCUCGAAAACGUGGCUGCAAGCCUGGUUAGCCCAUGCCAACUUGGAAUUCAGAGUUCAUCGUUGUAAUGACUUUGAAACAGUGGAUAAAGUUCUUGUGAGAUAUAGGGACAGAAAAAUCCCUAUAGACGAGUUUAAAUUUUGGAACUUCUCUGACUUUAAUUCUUCUCAAAUUUCCGCCCUAAUUCAUAAGUGGCUUGGCAUCGCUCAUCAGAAUUGUGUUAAAUAUCUAUUGUAUAGAGACCUUAGCUUCUCUCGAUCAUUUUACGAAGAACACAAGGGUGUUGACGUGAUUCGUGCUCCAGCUCAUGUGGUAUCAAUUGAGUAUAAAGGAGAUAAAGUUCCUGAGCUCAAAAUUGCAACAGAUCAGUCAAAUCGAUUGAACAACUCAAAAACCAUUCCGCAUUGCUCCAACCUUAUUCUAAAUGCUGAAUGGUUCUCUAAGUUGAGGUUCCUUCUGUUGAAUUCGACCUCUUGGUCUCAAGUCUCCCUUUAUUUUGAUAGAUGUAAUAAGAUCAACAUGAAAGGUUUGCAACUGCACCAUUGUGUUCCUGCCGCACAAAUGGAGCAUUUUUGUGGAUGCUUUGCUAUGGAGUUGUCAUCCUAA